AUGAGGGGCGCCGCUCUCACGGUAAUAUUGUUCUCAUGCGCCGCCACCGUUGCCUGCGCCAAUGAUACGAACGAUCUAGUGGCGUCCAACGUAAUGGAUGUGGGUGGCGAGGAGUCGGAGCACGGCGGUGACCAGGAUGGCGAAAAGAAACCAGCUUCAUUUUUGAUCGUGAUCGAGCACGAGUCGGGGUGGCGGUGCAGCGGGUCGCUGGUGUCGCUGCGCACGGCGCUGACGUCGGCGUGGUGCGCGCACGGCCGGCGCCGCUCUCCCGCGCGCGACCUGUGGGCCCUCGCCGCCCUCGCCGCCGCCGCCGCCGCUAGCGACCUGCCUGCCGCGCGGCUGGACGGCGCAAGGCGCAUCGUGCGCGUCGCCGUCGCUAUUGGCGCUGAUGCGGAAGUAGGCGAAGCACCCGAGUGGGACGGCUCGUCGUGGCGCGGCGGCGCGCUGGACCUCGCGCUGGCGGAGCUGGAGCGCGCGUUCGGUGGCGCGGCGCGCGCGGUGCCCAUCCUCAUGGCCACGGGCGCGGGCGCGGGGGAGUGCGCGCCGCCCGCCGCCUGCCACGUGGCGCGCGCCAUCACUCCCUCGCGUCCGCCUCGCCGCGCGCGCCUCGACAUCGUCGGCGCUGACCUGCAGCCCCCCGACACGUGCGCCGCCGCCGCCAAACACUGGACCUCCGUAAAGGAACAUGCGCUCUGCCUCGUCGGCUCCGAACUCUGCGAGAGCGAUUGGGGUGCGGGUGUGGUGUGUGGCGGCAAGGUAUGCGGCGUGCUCAGCCGGUCGGUGCGCGGCGCGGGAGAGUCGGAGGAGGGCGCGGAGGAGGGCGCGGGGCGCAGCUGCGGCGAUACGCACGUUGCGCAGAGCAUCGCGCGCUGGAGGCGAUUCCUACACUGCGCGCACACGCUGCGAGCCUGCGGCAGUGAUGGUGAUUGUGCGGAGUUGUGCGUAGAACGACGCCUUGUAGAUGACCCCUCACCCGCAUCCGUCGAAACCAUACCCACUUCGCGUCGCCCGCCACCUGCUGCCAGUAGUCGCCCGCGUGGAUUAGCGCGCGCCACCCGCACGCGGCACGGCUCGGGCGGGCGACGCGCGCAACACACGCACACGCACACGCACUCGGCCACGCGGUCGAGCCCGCCGCCAUCCGCGCCGCCACAGCCCGACGACGCGCCCGCCUCCGCGUCUGUGUCUAGCCUCGCCCAGGAGUUCGAGCCGAACCGGGCCGAUUUCAAAGCGGGCGAGUACGGCGACAACGUUGCCGAGUACGGCGGCGGCAACGACGAGCUGCCGACGCCGACGCCGACGCGGACCCCUUCCCCCGCCAAUGAGACGACCCCGCCCGCGCAGUCGCCGCCGCCGCUGCAGCCGCCGCCGCCCGGACAGCUGCAGCCGCAGCCUGAGCGCCGCACCGCCGCGGACGCCGGCACUCCCAUCAUGCCCCAGAGCUCCACAGCUCAGACCGCAACGAUCACUAUAACGAUGUAUUGUUUUGUAAAGAGUAUACAUUUGAUGAGAGACAUUCAGAUGCCAAAGAAGCUCUCGGCUCCGAAGACGGCUGCAGUGGUGGUCACCGUUACCCCUGAUGCAGAGGGAAAAGGUGCGACGUAUGGCACGGUAAUAGCAAAGGCCAAGAAGGAGAUUAACAUAGCUGCAGAACCGUACUCGGUACCACCUAACAGCAAAUGGGCAGGAGACGUGGAUGGCUCGGUCGCGAUAAUGGCUAAAUUACAGGAUGAGUACUCCGCCCAUCUUUGUGUGGUAAAAAGGGGAUUAGGAUAUGUGGCUGUGACCAUGGGAGAAUUGGCAAUGAUAGGGGUAUAUUUCUCACCCAACAGGGGUGUGGCUCAGCUGCAGGCGUGGCUGGAUGUGCUUGGAGGUGCAGUCAGGCGUAUGGCUCCACGUCAGGUGGUGGUACUUGGGGACUUCAACGCGAAGCACCCAGCUUGGGGGUCCCCACGUGCGACACCAAGAGGAGAAUCAGUCUGGGAAUGGUCAGUCACAUCGGAGCUAAUACUACAGAACAGAGGCACACACCACACAUGCGUUAGGAUGAACGGAGGCUCAAUCGUAGACCUAACGUUCGCUUCUCCUGCGGUAGCUGCCCGUAUUCAGGGAUGUAGAGUGCUGCCAGAGACGGAAUCUUUAUCGGAUCAUUUAUAUAUCCGCAUUAGGGUCUCACCACCUCCAGAUCUGGAAAUCCGACAGAAUAGUGAGGAGCACUUUCGACGCUGGGUGGUCGCUAGAUUUGACAUGGAAGCGGCAGAGGAGACGAUAUUGGCACAAGAACAGAACGCCUCAUGA